AUGGUUACUAUUACGCUCACUUGCCGCCUCCAUCAUGAAAUAGAGGUAAACUCGGAAGCGUUUACAGUAGAUGUUUGUACUAGUGAUAGAAUCAACAAACUCAAAGACAAAAUUUUUGCGAAACUCAAAGAAAAAAAAGACGAUACGUUUACAAAUAUUGAGGCUUAUGACAUGAAACUUUGGAAACCUUCUAAUGACUUUAUUCAUGUUAUAAUUGAUUCGCCAACCUUAAAAAUUGAGAACUUAACUAGGAAAUUGAACGAACUGCGAGUUGGAGUUAAUGAGGACAAAGAAGCUGCUGAGGGUAAAGACGAUAAAGAGUCAAGUAUCCUCAUCACGGACAAGAGAAGUGGAUGUGUAGUUAACGAUAUUAAGACUGUAUAUGCGAAAUCUUGCUCUUUAGUAGUUACUCUCGUUGAUAACAAGAAUGAAAAAACAGAAAUCAAAGAUUGGAAGUCACUCGAAAAGUGGCUGCUCGUUAAGUGUAAAGAAACUCAGAACGUUAACUUAGACAUAGAUAAAAUUAGUUUUGGUAACUCUCCUAAGAUUAUUAACAUUGUACGUAAUGGGAAAGUUCUAGGUUCUAUUUAUUCUCUUAAAAGUCAAUAA